CUCCUCCAUCGCCCCUGUUCCACGUCUACGAGUUGAGUCGACUUGCUUCUUCUUCCUCUUGGUCAAUACCGUACCUGUGACACAUCGAGGUGGUUGGUCUCGGCGUAGCCUUGUCCCCCUCAUCUUGAUUACGCCUCGCUGCAGCACGCUGGCUAGCAGACCAGCGCCCACUCUGGCAGCGGUAGCAUCAUCGCGAUGCUCGACUCGUCAUCAACGUCGACUCGGCCAUCCUACCUGCAUUCAUCCUCGACUCCUCCGCAGCAUACACUCGUCAGCAUCAGAAAUGCCAUUGCUUCGGAGUCGCAACGCAUCCGAGUGCAGGACGAAUCGACUGGCCAGUCCUACGAGCUCGAGCUAGGAAAGGGGACGCCAUACCCAGAAGGCUUUGGAGGAGAGGGUGACGACGAUGAGGGAAUACGGAGGGGUGCAAGAGGCUCUCAAGAAAAGGGACCUUCGCCUGCUCUGGCACAAACGAGUGCUAGUGGCUCUGUCAAGGGCAACAGUCGGCCAAGCAGCAUCAAGGCUUCCAAGCUGCAAUCCGUCCUUCCCUUGUCCUCGUCAUCGCCAUCGCCGAGCAAUGGCACACCCACGCAGAAUGGCGAUGCCGCAGAAUCAGGCCGUAGCAGCGCUCAGCAAUCGCCGUCCCAAGGCUCGACGUCGUCGAUGAGGAUGCUCAGGCUGCCAGCCAUUGUCAGGAGCAGGCAUUCCAAUGUCAAUUCGGUCAAUGGUGCCGGUCAGAACGAAGCGCCGCAACAGCACGAGAAGCCACAGAGCUCCAAGAUGAGCACUUUCCUCCCAGGAAACGCCACCAAGCUAUCUCGCACCCCGACCUCGCCCAUUAGUCAAGGAGGCGCACAGCUCCAAGAGCUCAACAAGCAAUACCACGACACACUUGCUGCCAAUCAAGCGCAAUCCUCGUUGCAGCUCGGUCGUCGGACAAGCAGAGAGACUCGUUCUAGUCGCAGCAAGGCGUCGCUGCCUGCCAGCCAAACCUCCAGCCCUUCAAAGAAGGCGUCUCCCUCGGGCGUCAAGGCAGUUGGUGCGCCCGCUUCGUCCUCUAGCGCUUCGCAGCAGCCCAAGAUGGCACACCAGCCUAUCCCUCCUCAGCCGCAGUUCGUUGCCUCGCCGCGACACUACCCAGUCAUGAGCGAGCUUCCACCUUCACCGCCGCUGGAGGACGACCUCACAAUCGAUGGACAGGCCGGCAAUGAAAGCACGAGUGGUCAGCUUGAGGCCGUCAUGGCUGGAGGCACGGCGGCGGUGACGGCGGCGGCUCCUCUGCCCAUGAUCGACACCAAGAAUGUCCCUCAAACACAGCGUCCGAAGCGGCUACAGGCCCGUCGACAGCCAUCCGAAGCAAGCACGGCCGAGACAGUGUACAUGAGUGCCGACGAGUCCGGGAGCAGUAGCAAGAUUGGCGCUGACGGCGAGGAUGAAGACGAAGAGCAGACACCGACAACACCCAAGCAGAGAUCUACCACUCUGUCCGGCCUGUCCGCGCAGCUGUCCAGUAGCCCCACUAGGAUGACGGGCAGCAACAGCGCUGAGCCUCUCCGACGCUCCACCUCCCCAUCUCCUUCAGGACCAAUGGCUGCGCCUGGCCAAAGUCGAGCCCUGAGCUCCUCUCCGCCCAAGAAAGGGCUGCUUCAUCCCUCUUCAGCACGGCCUGUCGGUCAGGAGAGAAGUUUCUCCACCUCUCCUUCCUCAAGCAGCACCUCCCGCUUCCAGCCUUUGCGCCGCAACACGGCUGACUCGACCAGUAGCUCGCACGCCGAUUCAGCCACAUUGAAUGGAACAGGCUCGCGAUCUGCAGCCAGGCGUCCUUCUUCCAGCGGUGGCAUCACGCGACGCAUGUCGAAGGACAUUUGGAUGCCUGGAAAGGGGCCGGAAGACGGCACAACGUCUACUGGUACUGCUGCAGGAGACAAACUGACAGCCAGCCCGUCUAGUCACGCUUCUCCCCUCCCUCCCUCUACUUCCAUGUCUAUGAGCUCUGGCGGACCCCUCAGGACGGGUGAUGCGGGUUUCGAUGAGGAGAUUGCCAGGCAGGAGGCCUUGAUUAGGAAGAGAAAGGAGAGGGCACGGAGGGAGGAGGAGACUGGUAAGGAAAGCCAUAAGACAGAAAAGGGAAUGGAGAAGGGUGGUGCGGCGGUGACUGGCACGACUGGUGUCAGCGGUGGCAUGGUCGGCAUGCCUGCCCUCAAGAGGGGUAUGUCUGGCUUGGGCAAGUUUGGCGCCGAACGGGCAGCAACGACUUCCGGUCCCCUUUCUCCUACAGGCGCCGCUCCAGCCAUUGGUGGUACGUCCGUCUCAGACGGACGACCGGGCACAGCGGCCACCUCAGCCCCAACGACCAGCUCAGCAGCAGCCGGAGCUGUAGUCGCCUCCUCCUCAGGCGGGACCGGGACCGCUGCCGCUCCCGCGUCUUCAGCGGUGGCAGAGAAUGCCGCCCGGGAACAUGUCGAGCCCAAAGCGCUCGUAGGCAACAUCAUCAACGAAGGCCACGUCAACUACGUUCUCAUGUAUAAUAUGCUCACGGGCAUCCGCAUCGGAGUGUCGCGCUGCCAAGCCAAGCUCAAGCGCCCGCUUCGAGACGAGGACUACCAGGCAAAGCACAAGUUCACCUUUGAUAUCAUUGGUAACGAGCUGACACCGUCGGCCAAGUAUGACUUCAAGUUCAAGGAUUAUGCGCCGUGGGUGUUCAGGGAGUUGAGGGAGUACUUCUACCUCGAUCCUGCCGACUACCUACUCUCCCUCACAGCCAAGUACAUUCUGAGCGAGUUGGGCUCGCCGGGCAAGUCUGGGUCCUUCUUCUACUUCUCGAGAGACUACCGCUUCAUCAUCAAGACUAUUCGGCACUCGGAGCAUAAAUUCUUGAGGCGCAUCUUGAAGGACUACCACGAGCACGUCAAGGCGAACCCGCACACGUUGCUGAGCAGGUUCUACGGCCUUCACCGGGUCAAGCUGCCUCAUGGGCGGAAGAUUCACUUCGUGAUCAUGAACAAUCUGUUCCCCCCGCAUCGAGACGUGCACGAGACGUACGACCUCAAGGGCUCUUCAUACGGCCGCGAAUACCCCGAAGAGAAAGCUCGCACCAAGAAGGGCGCAACGCUCAAAGACAUCAACUGGAUCCGACGCCGUCGCGAGCUCGAGCUAGGGCCAGAGAAGCGCGGUCUUUUCGAAGCGCAGCUGCAGAGUGAUGUCGCUCUUCUCAAGCGGCUGAAGAUCAUGGACUACUCGCUCCUCAUCGGGCUGCACGACAUGCGCAAGGGAAACUCAGAGAACCUUCGUCAAGAGGCACUUCAGGUCGUCCAGCCGUCCUCUACGACUGCGGGCGCCAUGACGGCGAAACAGGCAGAGGCGGCGCCUAAUGGUCCUCUGCCGAGCCCUGCGGUGGGCGGGCCUGCGCCUACGGGGCAGACAAUGACCGGGUCGACGUCACAUAGCGCAUUUGCGUCUGCUGCGGCGGCGAAUGGCUCAGCCCAUCCGCAAGUGCCAAUGCAUCUUCAUCACCCCUACCCGCCCUCGCCCAUGCCUCGCAGGGGAAGCACGACGACGAUGGGAACCAGCGGGGACGAGGACUUCUACGACGCUGAGACGGGCUUACAGUCUCCCGCCCCUCCAACUGCGACCGGCACUGCCUCGAACACUGCGGCCACAAAACGCUCCUCGACUCAAGCCGCGCCCAAAGCGGCCAAGUCAACCGCAGCGACUGCUGGCGUCCAGUUGCCAGCAUACGACCAUUCUGAACGACGUCACUUCCUCUUCUACCAAGACGAGGGCGGUUUCCGUUCCACUGACGCUCAAAACCAACCAGGGGAUUGGAUCUACUAUCUGGGCAUCAUCGAUCUUUUCACCCCUUACAAUGGGAUCAAGCGUGGGGAGAAUUGGUGGAAGAGUAUCGGCAGAGACUCAAGGGGUAUCAGUAGUGUUCCGCCGGGCCAGUACGGGGAUCGAUUUGUGCAGUUCCUCAGCGCGGUCUGUCGGCCAAUGAGGUGGAAAGCAUUGCCUAGGGGAUUUGAGAAAGUGGGUGAGAUGCCCGUGAUUGAAGGCACGGGGAAGGGUCCGGAGGAGAAGGAGCAGGAGAAGAGGUCAGAUGGGAUGAAGCCGCCGCAGAUGCAGGAAAAGGUAGCGCCCCCUCUCCCUGCGACUGACGCCGCUCCCUCGGAGAAGAUUGCAGCGGCGAGUGACGGCCUCGCGGAGAAGGCGUGACGAGAGGGACGAUCACUAUACGAGGCAAGGCUACAGCUCCCUCGUCUCUGUUACGCCACAGUCAUUACGUUCUAGACGUGUAAAUACCAGCAGACAUGAUCGCUUGACUUGGCAUCCGAAAGCAGGGUGAGCUGCUAUUGCAUUGAUGGGAAUACGAAAAUGCGAGCUGCUGACCUGCAAGCUAGGCCCUCUACUGUUCAGCCCCACCAUGUCGCUGCCCAGCCCCGCGCGCCUGACUCUGCCCUGUCCAAAGGCCCGUGUAGUAGCCAGCGUAAUACCAGCUCAUGCAC